AUGCCCGGAGGAGACAUGGCCAAACCCCUCCUGGGCCAUCGGAGCAUGGAGGGUGACCCCAGCAUCACUCCUGCGGCCGGCCGCACCAUCGGGGUGCUGGGGAGCGGGGACUUCGCACGGUCAUUGGCCAUCCGCCUGGUGUGCUCCGGGUUCAAGGUGGUGGUCGGCAGCCGCAACCCAAAGCGCAAAGCCGGCCUCUUCCCUUCUGCAGCAGAAGUCACCUUCCAGGCUGAUGCGGUGAAGAAGACGGAUGUCAUUUUUGUGGCGGUUUUCAGGGAACAUUACUCCACCCUCUGUGACCUGGCUGAUGUGCUGGUGGGCAAGAUCCUGGUGGAUGUUAGUAACAACACCGAGAUCAACCAUCACAAAGAAUCCAACGCCGAGUACUUGGCUUCCCUGUUCCCAGCCUGCACCGUGGUCAAGGGGUUUAACGUGGUUUCUGCGUGGACGCUGCAGUCAGGUGCCAGGGAUGGAAAUAAGCAGGUUCUGAUUUGCUCAAAUAACCAAGAAGCCAAGCACACUGUAGCAGAAAUUGCUCAAGCCAUGGGGUUCACCCCUGUGGACAUGGGCUGCAUGUCGUCAGCCUGUGAGAUCGAGAACAUUCCCCUGCGCCUCUUGCCAGCCUGGAAAAUCCCCAUCUUUUUGGCUCUGGGGCUCUUUCUUUGCUUCUUCACUUACAACCUGAUCCGGCAGGUCAUCCACCCUUACAUCAGGGAGCAGAAGAACAAGUUGUACAAGAUCCCCAUCGAGGUGGUCAACACAACGCUGCCUUGCGUGGCCUACGUCAUGCUGUCUCUCGUCUACCUGCCCGGGGUGCUGGCAGCCUGCUCGCAGCUCUACUAUGGCACCAAAUACAGGCGCUUUCCAGAUUGGCUCGACCAGUGGCUCCAGCACCGAAAGCAGAUCGGUCUCCUCAGCUUCUUCUGUGCGGCUUUGCAUACCAUGUACAGCCUCUGUCUGCCCAUGCGCCGCUCCCACCGCUACCAGUUAAUCGAGACGGCCGUCAAGCAGGCUGUGGAGAAGAAGAUGAAUAUCUGGGUAGAGGAGGAAGUCUGGAGGAUGGAGAUUUAUAUCUCUGUUGGAAUAAUUGCCCUGGGCUUGCUGUCGUUACUUGCCAUCACUUCACUUCCAUCCAUCGCAAACUCUCUCAACUGGAGGGAAUUCAGUUUCAUUCAGUCCACCCUUGGAUUUAUUGCCUUGGUAAUCAGCACUCUGCACACACUCACGUAUGGAUGGUCGAGGGCCUUCGAUGAGAAUCAGUACAAAUUCUACCUGCCUCCGACCUACACCCUCACGCUGCUCGUCCCAUGUACUGUGAUCCUAGCAAAAGUCAUCUUCAGUUUGCCCUGCAUCCAGCAAAGACUUCUGCGAAUCAGGAGGGGCUGGGAGAAGGGGAGAUACGUGAAGUUUGUUCUGCCCAGCGCAACGGGGGAAUAUUCAAGCGGGGAGACCUCUAGCAAUGUCUAACAGAGCCCCGUCUGCAACAGAGGAUUUCAAAGCACUAUCAACAUUUCUAUAAAGGUGUUUCUUUUUCUUAAAUAUAUGUAUGUUUUGGUAUAAUUAUAUUGUGGGUAAAUAAUAAAAUUUGGUGACUUUAGAAAAUGGAUGGCCAUAAAACUAGUUUAGACAGUAGUAGUUAAAUUAUAUUGCUGAUUUGCUAGGACAAUUAUUGCCUUAAAAAUGACCGUGAAAGCCGAGCUAGCAGCACUAAUAUACAUGGGAAACCGAUGGACUCUGUUAGUCGGAUCAGUCACUUGAGGUGCUGGCUGGCAGCCGCCCAGACCAGUACUUCUCGGUUGCUUCCCGAGCUGCUGUCAUAAAUUUCAAUGCCUUUUUUUUUUUUUUAACAUGAAGUAGCACAGAUUUUCUGGGUUUUAUGACAGCAAAGAUAUCCUGCCUCUUGAGUGUCUGGAUCAAUCAAGGCAGUGAGGUUUAGAAAGAUGAAUUGUCUCUGGUUUUGGUCUCCUCAAUAAACUCUAUGGACAAGUAAGAACAGC